AUUACCGGAUGCUAAUCUCCCAAAAUAAUUGUCCAAAAACAAGAUUCCAAAUUCCACGGAUAAGUGUUCUUUGUUUUUUCUCUUUUAGUUCUUCCACUUUUGUAUGGAGAGUUUCCUCCACACCAAAUGGAUAUCCACGGCGGCGAGCAUAUGGAUCCAGUGUACCGGCGGCGCAUCCUACACCUUCGGGAUCUACUCUUCCAUCCUCAAAUCAUCACAAUCCUACGACCAAUCGACUCUCGACACCGUUUCAGUCUUCAAAGACAUAGGCGCCAACGUCGGGAUCCUCUCUGGCCUACUUUACUCCACCGUAACCGCUCGCCGUAGCGGGCUCCUUAGUGGCCCUUGGGUGGUCCUCGUGACUGGCGCCGUCCAGUGCUUCGUUGGGUAUUUUUUCAUAUGGGCAUCCGUGGUGGGGUUGAUCGGCCAACCGCCGGUGCCGGUGAUGUGCUUGUUCAUGCUUCUGGCAGCUCAUGCGCAAACGUUUUUCAACACGGUGAACGUGGUUAGUGGCGUGCAAAAUUUUCAGUCUUUCAGUGGGACCAUUGUGGGAAUCAUGAAGGGAUUUCUGGGUUUAAGUGGAGCACUAUUGAUUCAAGUGUAUAACACCAUAUGCCAAGGUGAUCCGACCACUUUCAUUUUGAUCCUCGCCAUCACUCCGACUCUGGUCUCCCUUUCGCUCAUGCCUUUCGUCAAAAUCCAUGGAACCACCUCCGUUUCCGACAAGAAACACUUGAAUGGUUUCUCUUACAUUGCUCUGAUCGUCGCUGCGUAUCUCAUGGUCAUCAUAAUAUUCGAAAACGUCUUCGUUCUACCCUCAUGGGCUCAGAUUGUCACCUUCGUGUUCCUACUGGCUCUACUUGCCUCGCCUUUCGGAAUUGCGUUCAAAGCCUAUGGGGAUUCGGGAUGGUCUUCACUCGAAACAAGUUGUUUAAUGUAUGAUCCGAAGCCAAUGCCGCCGACCGAGUAUGAUGAAGUACAAGAGCAAGGGGAGUACGGUGAGAUUCGCGGCGAACCGGACCAAGGUAAGUCGAUUGCUUUGUCUUCGGAUGUGAACUUAUUGGAUGAUCAAGAUGAUAUCGUUUUUGAUCUAUCGAAAGCUAUGCUUACCGCGGACUUUUGGUUGUUGUUCAUCGCUAUGAUAUGCGGAAUGGGUUCGGGUUUGGCGACGAUAAACAACAUUAGUCAAAUUGGUGAAUCUCUUGGUUACUCGACCGUAGAGAGGUCUUCAUUGGUUGCUUUGUGGAGCAUAUGGAACUUCCUAGGUCGGUUCGGGGCAGGUUUUUUAUCGGACAUUUUGUUACACAAAGGUUGGGCUAGGCCAUCGUUCAUGGUCAUCACACUAGCAACAUUGACGUUUGGUCACUUGAUUGUUGCUUCCGGUUUCCCCGGGAACUUGUACAUCGGCUCGAUCGUGGUCGGUAUUUGCUACGGUUCGCAAUGGUCAUUGAUGCCGACCAUCACCGCUGAGAUCUUCGGAGUUCGACACAUGGGCACGAUUUUCAACACCAUCGCCAUUGCCAGUCCUAUUGGAUCUUACAUUUUCUCCGUGAGGAUCAUUGGGUAUAUUUACGACAAGGUGGCGACCGGCGAAGAUAAGUCUUGCUACGGCACUCGGUGUUUCAUGAUCUCGUUUUUCAUCAUGGCAUCGGUUGCUUUGCUCGGAUUCCUCGUCGCAUUUGUGCUGUUCAUCAGGACGAGAAAGUUUUAUGGGGGGAUUGUGGUUCAAAGAUUAGGGCGUUCUUAAUGAGCUUGAGAAGCGGUUAUUAAGGCUUUCAAUGGAGGAGCUGGUGAAGAUUCGAUUGCGGAAAUUAUCGAUGCUAAAAGUAUUGACACCGAAGAAGACCGAAAUUAUUAAGGAAAUUUUGUAACGUUGGUAUUUUUUUAAAAAGUAAUAAUCAAAUUGAACUAUAAUGUUUGAAUUAUUUAUAA